AUGGACUUCUCGAGCCAGUGGGAGAGCCCAGGGAAGCCAGAGCAAGCCCAACGGCAAGCCCUUAUCACCAUACAGUCACCUCCUGUCGUUACAUUCUCCAAGUCUCCACAAGCAGUUCUCAAUACACAAUCCCCCUCGGCAGUCACUCACACAGGGCUGUUCGACGCAGUUGGAGCCGAGCCGGUUCUCACCCCUGAUGCCUCGGCGCCAUCAAUUGCACCACUUCUCUCUCCAGGCGAAGCUUCUGCCUGGCCAAACAAUACCACGGCGUUUGAGUGGUUUGAUCUAUUAGCACAGGACGCUCUAACUAACAUUCAGCGGCAUAAUGACAUCGCGAGCGAUGCUUACCGCUGGGACUUUGAUAAGGCAUCUCUGUCCCGAAGACAGAGCCACGAUGGCCUUGCCAUGGGAAACGAACUUUACUAUGGCAUUGUGACGGGGCCCAGCGAGACGACCAGUGAAACAGUGCCGGGUUGGAAUACUCCUACUCCUAUCCCAAUUGAGGGUGAUGAUCUUUUCUAUAUGCGACACUAUGUCGAAUACAUUGGCCCUCUUCUCGACCUAUUUGACCCCACUCGCCAUUUCACCAACCUCGUGCCUCAUCUGGCUACUCGAAACGUUGGGCUCCUCAAGUCAAUACUCGCAGUAUCUGCUAGGCAUAUCUCAUUAGACAUUGAAAAUCCACCGGAAUCUGAGGGGCACUCUAUUUUAAGCAAUGACCCGAACAAGUCUGAUCCAAAAUCAUUUCCCCUUUCGAAACCGGCUCGGGUCGCUAAGCAGUAUUACUAUGAAACAUUGCGAUAUCUAUCCCAGACUCUGUCUUACCAGUCAUAUGCAGACUCACAUGAGAUCCUAGCGACAGCCAUCAUGAUCAGCACCUACGAGAUGUUUGAAUCCACAGGGCCUGCCAACAACAGCGACUGGGACCGUCACCUAAGGGGAGGCUUUUGGAUCCAGCGCUGCCAAGACAAUGACGGGGAGUCUACUGAUGGGCUCCGCCAGGCGGUCUGGUGGGCGUGGCUUCGGCAGGACAUGUGGGCGGCACUGAGGGCCGGGCGUCCUACUAUGACCAUUUGGUGUCCGAGGAGGAGUCUCCAACAGCUCACACCCGAUGAGUACGCAACACGGAUAGUCUACAUCGCCGCCAAAGUGGUUCAAUAUGCCGGAGUAGAUCCCGAAUCACCUCUGAUCGACAUCCAACAGCGAAUCGAACAGGGACACAAGCUGAGGGAGGCCCUCCGGGCGUGGGACUCACUACUUCCAAGAUCAUUCCGCCCCAUUGUAUCACACAAGCCGUUUAAUGGUUACCAUAAUUCCGCGGCCAGCAGUGUUGCCAAUAUGGCCACUAACACGUCAACCAAAGAUUCCUCGUCCGGGCCAGCUCAAGCAAGCCAGACCAUCACCUUCCCCCCGAUCUGGAUCCAUCCCCCUUCCCAUGCAGGGGCUGUACAGAUGUAUAAUUUAGCUCUAAUAAUUCUGCUGUUGCACAUGCCCAACGCGGGUGGGCUCGAAGUAUACAGAGCCCGCCAGAGACAGCUGGAUCAAAGCGUCAACACCAUAUGCGGUAUUGCCAGCCAAGAAACGACUGAUAUGCCACUCGCCUUUGUAAAUAUACAAGCACUCUAUACCGGUGAGUCCUAA